AGCGGUCGGCGGGCGGGCGUCAAGAGAGUAUCACGUUCCUAAACGCAGACCGAGGACAGGGUACUAGGGCAAAGGCAGAGCACGAAGUUGGCAACAUGUUAACAGCCCAUGACGAUGGAAUCAAUAUAAGAAUCGGGCAGGUAGCUGUAAGAUGUGAGGGAGUAGAGACUACCAUCAGCUUUAACCACCGCCUUCAUCCCUUAAGCCCCCCGAGCCUCCCCCCUCCUCCCCGAUUACUUGCGCAAUAUUUACCCUUCUGCCCAUCACCAAAAUGUCAAGCUCCAGCAGUGUUCAAGAGUUUGUUGUCCACGACGACUCAGCAGGCGUGGAGCUACCUCCGAGCUCGAGGCGAUACAGGAUGGUCGCCGCGAUGAUCCCCCUCGCGCUCUCUCUGCUCGAAACCAGGGAAGCCAGAUCCAGUUUGGCGCGCGUUGCAACGGACAUCAUCGAGGCACGCGAAGGCAUGACGGGUGUCUCGCGCCGCCGACGUCCUCCACAUAUCUACCAAGGCUCCCGGGACAAUAUGGGGGACUGGGUCGACGCAUUCCUCCGGAGUUUGAGGGAAAACUUUCCUUCUAUUCACAUCAGUCGAGCGGUCGAGGGCGAGGCCGAGACCUGGAAGUUCGACUGGGGCCGGGACAUGCGCGAUUACGUCGCAAGCGACGCGGGCAGGCUUUACCUGAGCGCGGCCAUCAUCGACAACAUGGGGAAUGCACAAGACCAGUCCCCGGCAGUUGCUCGUGACAGUUACGACCUGUUUAAGUUCCAGAUGGUUAUCAGCAUCGCCCACGAAAUGGUCCACCUCCUGACGGGGUUCAUCACUGGCACCAGGGAGCCCAACACCCCUCCGAGAAUCACCGCGGAGCCGUACAACAACCAACACGACGUUGGCGAAGCGGGAAGGUACUGGGAGAGCCGCUUCCUCGGGGGCUUCGUUGAAUUCUGGUCCGAGCCUUCCAACCCGCUCCGAGCUCGACAGGCGGGUGUGCCGUACUUGUUCGAAGCCGGACCCAAGCGCCACGCCGUAGGCCAGCGGGUGUCAAUGUCGUAUAUAGACGACUUUCUCAGAGGAAGGUUCACAUUCCCUAUCCGAGCCUCGAGCAGCGCUCCUCUUGUCAUACGCCGAGACCUGGAGAGGGAUGGGCGCUGCGAGACCACCGAUCUUCGUAAAUCGCGGGCAUUUCGUGACGCCGAACAGGUCAACUCGCCGCCGCCCGAGCAGUCAACGGACCCUGCCCGCAGGUACCGCGCCAUUAACCCGGACCCCAGAAACGGGUAUCCUGCUGCGGGUGGAGCCAGUCGACGCUAUUACUACUCCUAGCACCUUUUGACGUCUCUAUGCUAAGCUGGUCUUGGUGUUGAUGGGGGGUUGCGGCUAAUAAGUUGUGGCUUGUUGGGAGUUCUGGGAGUCUUGCUGCUGCGGCGAUUAGCUAUCAUUUUCAUUGUU